UGAACCUAUCAACCAUUAAAAUAAAAACUUUUAAAUAAUCUGCUGCUCAUAGUUUAUAUAAUUAUUAAGUUUUAAAUAAUAAUUUAACAAUAUGUCAUCAGAAAGAGACUCGGAAAGCAAUGAUAGAUCUAGUACUCGUUCUGGAAUGAGUCGUCAAUCAUCAAUGCUAGGAAAUCCAACUGAAAAAGUUGUCUGUGUUGCAAAUGAUGAUUCAAUUAAUAUUGAAUUUGUGUAUUAUACUGCAAUGUUAAAGAAGUUUGCACCUAACUUAAGCAAAGAAAAAGAUAAAGAGAAGGUAAUACCUUGGAUCAGAAAACUAUAUGCUGCAGAAUAUGCAACAGAGUUCUUCAAAAUUAAACGCAACAGAUAUCUAUUCAACAUGAUUCUAUCUAUUCUCAAUGAUGAAAUGUAUGGUGUAUUCAAGUCAAUUCCUCCUAUUGGUCCUUUAAAAUCACCUGAAAGUUUUACUAUACCUACUAUCCCAUUGGCUACAUGGGAAGUUGAUAACAUGUGGGAAGAAAUGUUAAAAGAUGAAGAGAAUAGCCCGUCUGUGUGUAGCAUACACGAUAAAUGCCCCGAAGAAGAAGAAGAAGAAGAAGAAGAGGGUGACGACAAUGAGUCAGUUAUUGAUACAACAAACAUGUCUAUAGAAGAUAGAGACCAACUAGUUGAAGAUCCAAAUUUUAAAAGAGAUGGUCCAAAAACUAAUAAGAAUAAAAAAGCUCUAUUUAGUUCAUUACUCGAUUGGGAAUUUCAGUAUCUACUUCAUAUUGCUCGACCUUACGCUGCCCUUAUGACUACUGUACAAGAUAAAACCAGAGUAGCGAAAUGGUUACAAAAGUUGUGCGGUGUACGUAUGGACAUUGCGUGUACACAAAUGAAAGGUGUACGAAAUGAUUACAUGAUGGCAUUACUGGGCUACUUGUAUGAUUUGCGGCUAACUGGUCCAUUUGAACACCCUCCACCCGACGGACCAUUAGAGAAUCUAGGAAAUGCUAUGGAAAAAUUAAAAGACGAAUAUCCAUUGACCGUACCCACACAGUACGAUGUAAACGAGUUUUUGUCUGACCAACCAACACCAGCUGAAGGAGGUGCUUUUUGUUACAUUGCCAUCAGUGGUGAUUUACAAGCAACAAAUUUGAUAAAAUCAAAACCUGUACAAACAAAAGACUGUCAAAAAUAAUAUGAUAAAUAUGAUAAAAAUUAUUCUAAG